UCUUUGCAACACAGCUUGAGGGUAACAGUGGCAGUGGGAGUAAACUUUGUUUCAUCAUUUCUGAAAACCAAGACUAGGAACAGAAAAGUCAAACGCUUAGUCUCACAGCUGCUUCUUAGGACUGGAGUUUUCUGGAAAGACAGAUCCUGUGUAAUCCAGGCUAGACUUGCUCAUGGCAAUUCUCCUGCCUCAGCCUCUCCAGUGAGUGCCACCACACCUGGCUAGAUUGUUUCUGAAGGAGAAGACAGCAUGGGAUCUACUACCUCCACACCUAAAAGCAGAAUCAGCACAUCCUCCACGGCAGCCCCAGUGACCAGCUCUACACCCUAUUCCUUCAACCCCAAAAAGGAACACAUCAUCUUGGCCUUUUUUGCCGGGGUUCUGCUGACACUACUCCUUGUGGCCCUUUUCUUCCUCAUCAUCAAGAGCUGCAGAAAACGUUACUCCAUUGCCCAGACCCAGGACCCUCACUCAGAGCCUCCCACCAAACUGUCAUCUGUAUCAAAGGAGUCACUCACAUAUGCCAGCAUGACUUUCAAGCCCUCAGAAGAAAACAGCAAUGACUUGACUAGAAACCACUCCUCAGGCUUGGAUGCCACCGUCUAUUCUCAGAUUAAAGUGACAGAUGCAGAUCUGCCUCUCCGGUGAGGCAGGAUGCAGGACCUCAGCUCAGCUCCUUCGACAUGUUGCUUUCUGGUUUUGUUUUGUAUGUUUACUUUUGUUGUUUUCCACAAACUUGGGAGUCACAGUCUAUGUAAAGCUGCAGUUGGUGUGGUUUAGGCUUGAUCUAGCACAGUUGCCAUCAGUCAUAAGGACCAGUGGUUAGUGACAUUCCCCGACAGAGGAAAGGUGGCUGAUGCUUUCUCUCUGACUGGUGGUGGCAGCCCCUUGAGGGACAACGCCCCUAAACCUUUCCAAAGGGGGGGGGGAGAGUUCAAGACAAAUGCACUGACAAUAACCAGGGAGAGCCCACCCUAAUGAUCAGUUGAAGAUUUUCAAGUGAUGGCAGGCCUUCUUCCAAGGUUGGCCCCUUCUUAGUCAUCAUCCUGUCUCUUCAUCAUCUCCAGAAAUCAAGACCAGAAUUCCAAGCCAACACAAAUACCAGAUAGUAUAAAACACUACAAAAACGCAGGUUUCUAUCUCCUUUGUAUGGCAUUAGAGAUGUGUCUGACAACCUUGGUUGAGAGGCAAGAAUAGAGAUUAGACACGUUCAUUUAUUCCCCCAAACAAAUGGACAAUCAUAUAGACUGCCCAACAAAAAAAGGCAAGAUUCUUUCUAAUUAGGCAAGCUUACUCUAAAAUGUAAGACUAAGCAAGAAGAAAAUAUUUAUAAAAUAAACCUGAGGGCUGAUGAGGUAGAUAAGGACAUUUGCUAUCAAACCUGAAAAUCUGAGUUUAAUUCUGGGACUCACAUGGUGGAAGGUGAGAACUGACCUCUGAAAGCUGUCUUCAGACUUUCACAUUUACUCUGGUGUGUGUGCAUAACCUGGUACAUAAGCACACACUCAGACACACACACAAAUAAUACAUGCAUACAUGUAUGCAUACAUACGUACAUACAUACAUACAAACUCAUAGCUAUUAUGACAGCAUCAAGAUUUGUGCAAGCACAAGCAUGGAGAGAUGAGUUGGGCACACAGUCCUACCCCUAGCUGAAGAAUUAUUAGCAAUUAUUAGAUGCUGGGAAACAUCCAGUGUUCUCCAAGAAUAAAGUCCCUGGUAAGAUGACUAUGUUUAAAUUCAAUACAUGACCACUGGGCAAGACUGAAACUGGUCAGGAACAGAGGGGGAAUGCUUGGGGGAGGGGAUGGAUUGUGACUCAGAGAAGAAGAAAGACUACAAGGAAGCAUGCAAGUAUGACAUCUAGACCCUUGCCCUUUCCUUUAGACUGCUGAAGGGCUUGGAGUUCCCUCUCUAUAGAAAAGAGUCAGGGCAGAACCUGAACUAUGCUCAUCAAAGACUUUUCAAACAAGAACCCGACUUCUAUCCCCAGGACCCAUGGGAAAAUGUGGGGCACAGGGCACACGACUGUAAUCAUAGUGCUGGGGAGGUGGAGACAGGAGGAGCCCUGGCUUGCAUGGUUCAGCUGGCCUAGCUUAGCCAGCUCCAGGCCAAUAAGAGAGGCCAGUCUCAUACAACGUGGGCAGCUCCUGAGGAAUGACAUCUGAGGUCAUCCUCCAGCCUCUACGUGUCCAAGCAUACACAUGAAUGUGCACUUCCUCCACAGGGUAGCACGGUUCUUAGGAGGGCAGCAAAGGCAGUGAUGAAGCAGGAGGAUGUCACAUGGGGAGAUGGCCAGCUUGCCGGGGAACACGUGCGGUAGUGGUAAUCCUGCUUGCUCCCACAGAUGAUGCCUCAUUCUUGCCUUGUGCUUCCUGAUUGGAAAACACUUGUCACCUGUCUUUCCUUGGUUGCUCACUGGUCAAAAGCAGCACCCACUAACUCUGGUGACAGUUUCCCAUUGUGGAUGUGCUUUGGGGUCCAGAGUCUUUUCACCAAGAGAAUAGGAGAACAACAAACUCCAUAGAUCUUCUAUUUUGGGAUAAAACAUUUGAUGCCAACUCGGAAAUGCAUUGAAAUAUUAUGCUUUUUAGGAACACAUUUCAAUGACUACUUUUCCAUCAAUGACAGCCUAGGAGAAGUCAGUCAUACCUGGGGGGGCUUUUGUCAACAAUAUUCAGAUAUUUAUUGGCUGAUAAAUAAAAUAAAUAAGUCAUUUCACUUUG